AUCUGACAAGACUGCGCGGGAACCAAACACGGCGAGGAUAAAGCAAGAUGGCGUCUGACGGUGACGACGUUCAGUGUUCUUAAUCUGUGCGUCCAUGUACACAUAUAUGUCCUUUAUUACACUCUAUUAAAUAGAGUAAACAUCGUUAAUAACUGUUUGCAUCCGUUUAUAUUAGUCUGAGUGCACUUUAUCGCGUCUUGUGCUAGCUUAGCUUGCUAGUUAGCUUAGCUUGUUAGCUGCUAACAAAGAGACGCGGACGUUAUCAACACAUCGCUAAGUAGAGAUCAAAUGUGAGUGUAAAGUGUUGUGAUUGUGUGAAAAUGUGCGAAAAAGCGAUAGCAAAGUAUGAGGAGGAACUUUGUCCAACAAAAGAGGAGAAGGAGCCACAACAUCAACUACUGGACGCUGUUUUCAAGAAACAUCAAGUUGUGUUACACAGAACAGACAUCCAGCAGCUGAUUGAACCCCCAGAAGAAUGUCUCCCUCAUCUGCAGGGGGACAGUUUCACUUCAGAGUAUCCACAGCCCUCACAUUUUAAAGGGGAAGAGGAUGAUUCACAGCCCCCCUAUUUUAAAGACGAAGAGGAGGGAGAGUGUGUUGUAGGGCAGGAGGAGGCUGAUCUCACCAAGUUUCCACUGACUGUUGUCUCUGUGAAGACUGGAGAGCAUGAAGACAAACCACCUGAGUCCUCACAGCUUCAUCACAGUCCAAACGUCUGUGAAAAAUAUCGUCCACCUGAGCAGCAGGAGGGGUCCUCCAGUAUGGAGCAGAAGAGGUCACAGCACCUCCACGUGAAAGAAGAGGAGCCACAGCCCCCCCACUUUAAAGAUGAAGAAAAACAGCGGCUGUCCCCCCACUUCAUAGAGGAAGACAAGAGACACUUCAUCAGUGUGAAGAGUGAAGAUGAUGAGGUCAAAGGUGAGCGUGAGGAGAAGAGAGAGGCGCAGCCUCCAAGCAGCAGCUCAACACAACACAUGACAACAGAAGCUGAUGGAGACCACUGUGGAGGAUCACAAGCAGACAAGCUCUUAGCUCCACUAUCAGAUAGUGAGGACACAACGUCACACUCUCUUGAAGACUCUAAAGAUGAUAAGACAUGUCACAUUGACAACACACACUUCACAUGUUCUCACUGUGACAAAACUUUUAAUGACCGUCGCAAUAUGAAAAGACACAUGAGAACACACACUGGAGAAAAACCUUUUUUCUGCUCAGAAUGUGGUAAAAGUUUUGUAAGAAAUCAAAGUUUAAAAGUACACAUGAGAACACACACUGGAGAAAAACCUUUUUCCUGUUCAAUCUGCAGUAAAGAUUUUACUCAAAAGCACCUUCUCAAAGCACACAUGACAAUACACACUGGGGGAAAACCUUUUUCAUGUUCAAUCUGCGGUAAAGAUUUUAAUCGAAGGGACCAUUUCGAAACACACUUGAGAAUACACACUGGAGCAAAACCUUUUUCCUGCUCAGAAUGUGGUAAAAGUUUUGUAAUAAAUGAAAGUUUAAAAGUACACAUGAGAACACACACUGGAGAAAAACCAUUCAUGUGCUCAAUUUGUAGUAAAGGAUACCCCCAGAAGGGACAUUUGACAAGACACAUGAGAACACACACUGGUGAAAAACCUUUUAUAUGUUCAGUAUGUGGUAAAAGUUAUAUAGAAAGACGGCAAUUAAAAUUACACAUGAGAACGCACUCUGGUGAAAAACCAUACUCCUGUUCAAGCUGCAACAAAAGCUUAUGUCACCUAAAAUCUUUUACAGUACACAUGAGAACACACACAGGAGAGAAAGUGUUGAGUUGCAGUGUGUGUGGUGAAAGAUUCUCUUAUAAGUACCAGUGUAAGAAACACAAGUGUGCUGGUGAGAACAGCAGAGUAAAGUGUUGUGAUUGUGUGAAAAUGUCUACAUUACAAAUGUUGAGAGCGUUGGUGGAUCAGCGACUAACUGCUGCCGUUGAAGAAAUAUUUGUAGUGUUAGAAAGAACGAUAGCAGAAUACGAGGCGGAACUUUCUAGAACAAAAGAGGAGAACUAUCAACUACUGGACGCUGUUUUCAAGAAACAUCAAGUUGUGUUACACAGAACAGACGUCCAGCAGAUGAACGCUCGUCAAGAAGAACGUGCCCUUCAGCAGCAGGAGGAUCCGCAGCCCCCCCACAUUAAGGAGGAAGAGGAGGAUCUCUGGGUCACUCAGGAGGGAGAGUGUCUUCCAGGGCAGGAGGAGGCGGAUCUCACCAAGUUUCCACUGACUGUUGUCUCUGUGAAGACUGAAGACCGUGAAGACAAACCACCUGAGUCCUCACAGCUUCAUCACAGUCCAAACGUCUGUGAAGAACAUUUUCUCCCUGAGCAACAGAAGUGGAGCUUCAAGAUGGUGAAGGAGGAGCCACAGCCCUCCCACAUUAAGGAGGAAGAGGAGGAACACAUCAUCAGUAAAAUGGGAGAGAAUCUUCAAGGACUGGAGGAGUUCCCAGUGUUUGUUGUGAUUGUGAAGAGUGAAGAUGAUGAGGUCAAAGGUGAAAGUGAGGAGAAGAGAGAGGCGGAGCCUCCAAGCAGCAGCUCAACACAACACAUGACAACCGAAGCUGAUGGAGACCACUGUGGAGGAUCACAAGCAGACAAGCUCUUAGCUCCACUAUCAGAUAGUGAGGACACAACGUCACACUCUCCUGACACUGAUGAUGAAGACUCUAAAUAUGAUAAGACAUGUCACACUGACAACACACACUUUAAAUGUUCUCACUGUCACAAAACCUUUCAUGGCCGUUAUUGUCUGAACAGACACAAGAGAACACACACAGGAGAAAAACCUUUUUCAUGUUCAAUCUGCGGUAAAGAUUUUACUGUAAGGCACCAUUUGAAAGAACACAUGAGAAUACACACUGGAGAAAAACCUUUUUCAUGUUCAAUCUGCGGUAAAGAUUUUACUCAAAGGCCAAAUUUGAAAACACACAUGAAAACACACACUGGAGAAAAACCUUUUUCAUGUUCAACCUGCGGUAAAGAUUUUACUCAAUGGCAAAAUUUGAAAACACACAUAAGAAUACAUACUGGAGAAAAACCUUUUUCCUGCUCAGAAUGUGGUAAAAGUUUUGUAUUAAAUCAAAGUUUAAAAGUACACAUGAGAACACACACUGGAGAAAAACAUUUUAUAUGUUUAGUGUGUGGUAAAAGUUUUAUAGAAAGACAGCAAUUAAAAUCACACACGAGAACACACACUGGUGAAAAACCAUACUCCUGUUCAAGCUGUGACAAAAGCUUUCGUCACCUAACCACUCUUACAGUACACAUGAGAAGACACACAGGAGAGAAAGUGUUGAGUUGCAGUGUGUGUGGUGAACGAUUCUCUUAUAAGUACCAGUGUAAGAAACACAAGUGUGCUGGUGAGAACAGCAGCAGCAAAUGAAGAUCCAGGAUUUGAAAUAAACUGUCAAUACUUUAACUUUGACGUUCUAACAACAUCAGCACAUAUAACAUGUGUGACAUUGUUGUUGUGUGUUUAACACAAUCUUGGUAAUAUGAUUCUAACAUUUAUAGAUUAGACACUUCAGAUUAGUGCUUUUAUUUCAGUCAAGUACAUGAGUUAAUAUACACAUUUGUGUACUUUAAAAUGAACAGAACAAUUUGACUGAAAGGGUGAGAAUAAACAAUACAUAAAAUAUGUUACAUACAAUAAACAUUGUAUGUGUUAGUUCAUUCAUAAUUCACUUUUAUACUUAUUCAUAAUAGUGUUUUUAUAUAAGUUUUUUGAAAUAAUGAAGUGUUACAUGUUUUAAUUUUCUAAUUGUAGAUGAUUCCACAGAUGAACUCCUUUAUAUGAUAUACAUAUUUGUUUUACAUUUGUUCAUACCUUUGCUUUUGAGUACACAUAAAUCCCUCUUAGUUCAUAUUUACUGGUUCACAUCUGAAACAUCUUCUGGACCACUUCUGGAAGCAUAUUAUUAUUUACUUUAUACAUCAUUUGAGCAGUUGUCUUUUAUACAAUUUUAAAAUGUGUGACUUUAUGAAUCAUUUGUUGGGUCUCUAUAAUCCAUUCUAUUAAUUAUCUUUAUUACUCUCUUUUGUAAUAUGAAUGUUGUUGUGUGAUUGUUUUAUAUGUAUGUAUGUCCCCAGACCUUUAUGCCAUAAACAAUGUAUGCUUCAACUGAAGUUGGGUACAAUAA